GGGUUAUAAGCUAGGACAUCCCACGUUCUUUAAAGAUUUUUUAUUUCUUCCAAAAAAAGUUGAAUUAUCGACGAUUUGAGGCGUUAUCUGUCAAGUUUUAAAUUACCGCCCUCGUGUGUUAGGAUGCGACCACCAUGACGAUAACGAAACAAAUCGCCGACGAUAUUUUCAAAACAUCUGAUUCGUCGUUCGAGAAUCGCGUCAACUCGGCAACGAAGAAGUUUCUUCUACAAAAGAUCGAGUUCGUUGAAGCGGAACACCCAUACUCGCUCAACCUGAACCAACUUAAAAGUAAAUAUGUUUUGCUCUCGGGAAGCUUGAAACGAGACAAAAUGAACGGGGUGAAAAAUAACGGGGAGGUAAAAACAAUUGAAGGGAUACCUCGUCCGAAGUCGAUUCUUUUUCCACCGGAGAAAUUAGAACUUUUGUGGCGAAAGUCGGGUAGGGUGGGUGCGGGGUUGGUCAACCUUGGAAAUACGUGCUUCCUCAACUCUGCGUUGCAAUGUCUCACAUACACACCCCCACUUGCAAACUACUUAAUGAGCAACCAGCAUCGUGCGCAGUGUCGAGUCAACGGGCAGUUUUGCAUGUUAUGUUCGUUGCAACAUCAUCAGAGUGCUUCGUUUGGUAACGGAGGAAAAUCCAUUCGGCCGAUGAAUAUCCUCAAGAAUCUUCGAAUCAUCGCGAAACAUCUACAGUUCGGUCGACAGGAGGACGCGCAUGAGUUCAUUCGUUACUCGGUGGACGCGAUGCAACGAUCGUGUUUGUUCGGCCUCCCAUCCAAGCUCGACAUCCACACCAAAACCACCACGCUCGUCUACCAGAUAUUCGGAGGUUAUCUAAGAAGUCGCGUUAAAUGUCGUCAAUGUCGCGCCGUGUCCGAUACUUUCGACCCUUUCCUUGAUCUUAGCUUGGAUAUCAACAAACAAGAAUCAAAUGAUCUUCGAAAAUGUUUGGAAAAUUUUGUAAAACCGGAGCUUUUACACGGAGACAACUUGUACAAAUGUUAUCAAUGUAAGAAGUCGGUUCCUGCGAGCAAAACUUUCUCGAUUCAUCGACCGCCCAAUGUUCUCACUGUCCAGUUGAAACGAUUCUCAUCGUUCAUGGGAAACAAGAUCAACCGAGACAUCACCUAUCCUUCCAAACUCAACCUCGGUCCUUACACAAGUUCCGACCGCAACGAGGGCCCGAUAUAUGAUCUCUAUGCCGUGCUCGUGCAUUCUGGAUUUAGCUGCAACUCUGGACAUUAUUACGCUUAUGCGAAAGCUGCUAACGGACAAUGGUAUUGUUUCAAUGAUUCAUCUGUCAAUCAAGUGAGUUCCCACCAAGCUCUCAACCAACAAGCGUAUUUGUUGUUCUACCAUCGUGUGGCGGAAACAAAGCACGUCAAGUUGAAACAAAAGUUGAAUCAACGAGAAGCUGCUGCUGUUGUUAAGAAUCAUGUUAAUAAUAGGUUCGUGGAUUUUAACGGUAAUCCAACAAAAAUCAAGGGGAAUCCAACAAAAAUCAACAGUAAUCCAACAAAAAUCAACGGUAAUCCAACAAAAAUCAACGGGAAUCCAACAAAAAUCAACGGGAAUCCAACAAAAAUCAAUGGGAAUCCAACAAAAAUCAACGGGAAUUCAACAAAAAUUCACGGAAAUCCAACAAAAAUCCAAGGAGAUUCACAUAAACCUGAGAUUGAGAUGAAAAAAGAAUCUCCAACAAAGCCUUCAACACCUCAACACUCGUGCACCAAAGUCAUGACAACAACAAACAAAACUAACGGAUUCCUUCACAAAGUUUCGCUAAAACUGCCCGACAAAUCUCAAAAAGAUUCGAAAGAAAUAAAAACAAGCGAAGAAAAACCCGCGUUAAUUGGGGUCCCAAAGUUGGUGAGUCUUCCCCCUGUUGGGGAGGAUUGGUUGGAAAGUAAGAUCCGAGAGCGGCGGGACAGCGGGGAGUUGGGGAGGAGCGGGAAUAAAAAGAUUUCGUUCAAUAUAAGAGGAAAGUUGUUUUCAGGGAGGCCAAACCAUCAAAAGAUGUGGCAGAAGUUGCACGUGAAGAAGAGAUGCGAGAAGAACGAAGAUGAGAGAUCUCUCUCCUCCAAUGACAGCAGGAGGUCGGAUAAAGAGAGAGAAGAGCACGAGAAGAAGUUGAAAAUGUUGGGAGGAAGUGAUAAGAGAAAGAGGAGAAUGGAGGAGGAGGGAGGGAGAAGUGGGAUCCUCACAAAGUUGCUCAAGUUGUCAUCGGGUCGAGCGUAUGGUGGUGAAGUUGAGACGUGGGACGGCGGAUCGUCUAUUGUGGAGGAAGACGCCAAGAUGGAUCAUCAUAAGAGGUCGAGGUCGUCCACGGAUGGAUGGGAUCGGGAGUUCGAUCGGGGAAAGAUCAAGAAGAAGAAGAAAGUCUCGACGAACAUUAAUUUGUUCCAAACUUUCCAGCGAACAUCAGCAACUCUGUAAAUCUCGUUAUUAAUAAUAUUAUUAUUAUUGUUGCCAAAGUAUUUGUCUUGGUGCUUGGUGGACGUGUGUAAAGGUUUUAUGUUAUUUCUAUGAAUCACUGCGUUGUUGUAACAUCGUGCAUUACAUUUCUUGAACUUUAG